GCCGGCAUGUCGAGCGCGAUGUAUGAUACGAUGUGGCAUCGGACCCAGGACGCCCUCAAUUCUUUGCUUGUUAAAGAGUCUCAGGAGACGGCAGAACCGCCGAGAAGUCAAGUCUACAUCUUCCACAUGUUAGCCACCUUCUACGUAAAAUAUGUACAGAUCUUUCGGAACCUGGAGAACGUCUAUGACCAGAUCGUUCAUCCGCAGAAGCGAAUACUGAUCCGGAAAAUUCUGGACGGCGUGAUGGGUCGCGUCCUGGAGCUGAAGAAUGAAAUGGUUGAGCUGGAGUUAUCCGAGUUUCAUUAUUUCGACGAGAUCCUACACGACCUAAAGUUGGCUCCUGAACAAUUAGAUAUUCCCAUACCCAAGUACUUUUUGAAGGAGAAGUUGGAAGUAAUAAAAAGAAGAGAGAAAAUCCUUGCUCAAAUAUUAGCCGACAUUGGAUUGGACAUGCAGCACAUGAAACCCCCUGAAAAGAUCAUUCCCCUCGAGGAGGCCGUGAAGUUGAUCCAGAUCUCGGAGAGGGCGCGGCAAGGCCGCCUGAGGGCCAUGUUCAUGAAGGAGAUCUUCCUUCAAGAGAACAGGGCCAGGCUGGCCAGGAUGCUUGGCGAGAAGGUCGCGGACUUGGGGGCGGCCGCAGUGCGGAUCCAGAAGGUCUGGCGAGGUUUCCAUCAGAGUAAGAGAACCAAGAGGGAGCGAGAAGAGGAGCUGGUGUUCCUGGGGAUGAACCCGCCCCCGCUGUUCAACGAGGCGAGCGCGGCGGUGACCCAGGCGGAGCGGGCGAGCCAGCAGCGGCGGGAGGUGCAGGCGCGGCACGAGGAGGACUACGGGAAGGCCGCGGCCGGCGUCCGGGAGGAGCUGGAGCUGACCGAGGGCCCCGACAUCAGGGAGCACCUGCAGGACCAGAUCCGCCGCUGGUUCAUCGAGUGCAGGCACUUAACCGGCAGCUUCCCCAAAUACCCGGACGCAGAAGAAGGGGGAUCCGCUGUCAUUUUCUCCAACAAGACCCCUCAGCAGGUCAUCGAGGACAUUCUCACCACGCAAGAAGACGAUGAAAAAAGCAAGAAGAAGAAACCGGAACCGAAGAAGAAAGAUCAGAAAGUCAAAAAGAAAGAACCAAAAUCAAAGAUCAAGGAUGAAGAGGAGCCCUGGAAGAUGUCGCCCAGCGCCUUCCUCCCCACCGUGGAGAAGGGAAACCGCACGUACAAAGAGCUGUGGGAGAAAAGGGACGAGUCGUGGAACUUCUGCCAGGGCUACGAUCUGGACAUGAUCCGGGAGGAGAAGCGGCAGGAGCUGGAGUCGGAGAUCCGCGUGCAGGUGGAUGAGCUGAUGAGACAGGAGCUGAAAAACUUAAAACUCGCUGUGAACAGAGAGAAGGAGCUUCCGACCAAACCGGGAAAGAAGAAAGGAGGUAAAAAUAAAAAUAAGGGGAAGAAAAGUAAAAAGGGGAAAGACAAAGACCUGACCCCUGACAGAACCAUCGAGUCCCUGUACAAGGAACUGGUGCAGGAAGGGCUCCUGGUCCAGGCUCUGAAGGUCAACCUCUCCGACUACAUCGGUGAGUACAGCUACCUGGGGGCCACUCUCCGCCGGCUGUCCAUAGAGCCCAUGCCGUCCCUGUCCGACGUCCGCCAGCUGGUCGCCCUGUACGGGAUCCUGCCGCUAGGUUCGGAGGCCGUGCGCGAGAACGCGCCUCUGGUUAAGUCGCUGCUGCUGGCCGGGCCGUCGGGCGUGGGGAAGAAAAUGCUGGUCCACGCCAUCUGCAGCGAGACGGGCGCCAACCUCUUCAACCUGACGGCGGCCAACAUUGCGGGCAAGUACCCGGGCAAGAGCGGCCUGAAGAUGAUGGUGCACCUGGUCCUCAAGGUGGCCCGACAGCUCCAGCCGUCCGUGGUGUGGAUCGAAGACACAGAAAAAACCUUCUACAAAAAAGUACCCAACGCGGAAAAGAUGAACGAGCCCAAACGCCUGAGAAAGCAGCUCCCCAAAAUCCUGAAGCUCCUGAAACCCAGCGACAGGGUCCUGAUCGUGGGGACCACACGCCGCCCUUUCGACGCCGAUCUCCGGUCGUUCUGCAGAGUUUACCAAAAGAUCAUCCUGGUUCCCAGGCCGGACUACGCGUCCCGAUACGUUUUGUGGAAGCAGAUCAUCCAGCGCCACGGAGGGGUCAUUACGGGUGCCUUGAACGUGAGCUGCCUGGCCAAGGUCACUGACGGCUUCACCCAGGGCCACAUCGUCCGGGUGGUCAAGGGCGUGCUCACCGACCGCAGGCUCCGGCAGCAGCCACAGAAGCCGCUCACCGCCCUGGAGUUCAUCGCGGCUCUCGGCCGCGCGGACCCCGUGUACCAGGAGGAGGAGGACAGCUUCAAGAACUGGUACGCCAAAACCCCCUUGGGUAAGAGGCGCGCCCUGGCGUCCAUGGGAGGGAACGUGGGAAUGGCAAAAGACAGAGGGAAAAAGAAGGAAAAGACAGAGAAGAAGCGAAAGAAAAAGUGAUGCCUCUCUGAGGAGCCGGCCUUGAGUCCGUCUCAGGGAUGGCGGAGGCCGGCUCUCAGUCCGCAGAACCCAAGCGGGUGCCGCAGCUCCUCGGCGUCUGAUGCGCUCGGCGUGACCUCUGCUGGGUGCCGCACCAGGCUAGCUCUCCACAGCACCGUUUCCAGAGGUGGCCACUGUUCCUUCGCCCGUGUAAAGUUUGUACAUAACCAAAAUCCACUCUUCGCACUCCACAACCUUUUCCCUUUGGAUACUUCCUCAUCUCAUCAGUCCUAGUCGCCAAAUUUAAAAGUUGGUAGUUAGGAAAUACUCUAAUUUGACAACUAGUAAGUAGCUGGAGUCUAUUACCAAAUUACUAGCUUUUUAUUAACCCAUAUAUUCUAUAUAUUCUCUUGCACAUGUUUUAAUAAAUUAAUCUUUCCACUAUUAAUAGACUUUAUAUAAUGGAAUAAAAUUCUGUUGUCUUUGAACUGA